AUGUCCAACAGCUCCACCGGAAGUCCUGUCGUCAGGCUGUCGCCCACCGAAGUCUCUUUUGCCACAAUUGAAGCUCAAACCGCUAUCCAUAGGCCCGGAGCGUCAGCCAAAGAAGGCCUAUUUUUCACUAAAGAAGGAACUCUAGAAGCGAUGAUGGGUAAAAUAAUCUGGCCGGCGACGAACCUUCUCACUGCCACUGUUCCUGGGGAUCAUCAGCGCUUAAAAAAAGCUUUGCAAUCAGCUUUCACCGAUCGCGCAUUGCUGUAUCAGGAGCCAAUCCAGCAAAACCACACCGAUCAGUUAGUAGACAGGAUUAAGCAAGCGUGCCACAAUGAAGCAGUCAUAGAUUUGACUCCUCAUUUGUCACAGACAAUAUGGAACAUCAUCAGCGACUUGUCCUUCGGAGAACCUUUACUGAAAGAUCAGCUCGGCAAGUUUGAGCGGCUCAAAACAGCCUUCUGCAUGGUUAGCCCACUACUCGAGGCCUUUCAAGUUCUGCUUGCUAUACCUGGAGCACAGGCUUUAAUUCAUAUCUGGAUUAGUCUAGUACCGUUGCUGUUCUGGUUCCCGACCGAUAUUUUGCCAUCAGCUCAGUUGCGGAAAAGAUAUGAGCGUCAAGACAGCAACGAGGACUUUCUGACCGCAAUCAUGAGAUGCAGAAAAACAAACAUUCAAAUGACCGAUAAGGAGCUAAAGAGCAAUGCGUCUCUCCUUGUCAUGGUUGGCUACGACACGACUGCUACUUCACUUUCCGCCACGAUGAACUUGCUAUUGCGUCACCCAAAAUACUUAGCGGCACUAAAAGAAGAGCUUCAACACCGAUAUACCUCACCCAAUGACAUACAAGCAGCUCAUUUGGGACAGCUUCCAAUGCUCAAUGGGUGCAUACAGGAGGCACUGCGCCUAUUCCCGCCUGCAAACGGCAAAGGGACAAAUAGGACAUCGCCGGGUGUCAUUAUUGACGGCAUAUAUAUCCCACGAGGUAUCAAUGUUUCUGCAGAUAUGUAUACUAUCCAGAGAUCUCCGUUGUACUGGGCUCGGCCCGAUGCUUUUUGUCCAGAUCGUUGGUUUAACAAUGGCCCGGGCACUGAGUUUGCUGGUGAUGUCCGCUCUUCGCAUUGCCCAUUUCUCCUUGGCCCGCGAAUGUGUAUUGGGCGAGCUGUGGCACUACAAUCAAUAAGGAUGGCACUUGCGAAAGUUGUUUAUUCAUUUGAUUUGCAAGCCGCCGAGAUGUACGAUUGGGAGAAAGAUGUUUCCAGUUCCUAUCUAUGGACAGGGUAUAGAUGUAUGACUCGAGUCAAGCAGGGUUAA